AUGGACGAAUUAAUAUUGUAUCAUCAUAGAAAUAAUACUCUAAGUACUUUAUGUAGACUAUGUCUCGAUCAAGCUGGGACAACCGAUAUUUUUCAGGAUUGUACUUUACCAGACAAGAUUUCUGCUAUAACAGGUAUAAAACUUGAUAUUUUAACUCCAUUUCCGAAAAAGUUAUGUGAUAAUUGUCAUGGAAUAAUUCAAUUAACAAGCGAGUUUCGGGAGUCAAUUAUUAUUAAUGACAAACAGCUGCAGGAUUUUGCUAAACUUUAUUUCACUUCGGAAAUUUUGCCUUCCUCUAAUGAAGCUGUACCAGAAGAGACAAGAGCCACAGAGCAGGUGAUUUGCAACACAACACAGCUCCAAGAAAGCCAUGUUCAACCAAUAAUCAGAGUUAGAAAUGAUUUGUAUUCAAAUAAAGUAAUCAAUACAGAUUCUCGUCAAACAACUAAUGACAUGGAUGAUUUGAUUUCUUUAGAAAAACAAAAGAAACAAUCACGUCCAGAACGUCAAAACUGUGAUCCCUUAAAUACAUAUGAAUCAAUAUCAGCACCAAUGGAGACAAUAAUAAUAGACGAUGAGGAUGUAGCUGGACAAAGCAGUGAUAGUUCAGAAAUAGACGGAAUAACAAAUAAUUUGUAUAUUGAUGAAACGGCAAAUUUAUGUGAUCAAGACAAUGUGGAUGAGAGUGCGAGAAAACGAAGUGAAAAUGAUACAUUAGCAAUGAAUUCAGCUCUUCAAACGGAUGAGAAGUCUAGAAUUUCAACGGAAUCAAUUGAUACAAUAAUAUUAGAGAAUGACGAUUCACCCCAACAAAGAAAUGUCUGCCAAGUUCUACCGAUGGAAAGAGUUGGAAAUGAUUUGUGUAUAGAUGAUUCUCGUGCAAAUAUUGAAAAUGACCCGAAACUAAUACAAGAUUUAAAUAAAAAUGGACAAAAUCGAAGCUGUUCAAAUCAUGAUAAUUGGGAAGUAAUUAUUACAUAUGAAUCUCUUGCAGAGGAUAUGGAAAAUACGUCAAAUACAUCCAAAAAUUAUGAUUGUAUUAAAAAAUCUAAUAAGCAUAAAAAGUCACCAUCCAGACAUAAUGUAGAAAUUAAAAAGGAAAUUGCCAAAGACCAGGAGGAUAUUAAGUCUUCAAAGAGAAUAAAAUUUGAGGACGGUUUUGAAUAUAAUUGUGACCAGUGUUCAAAAUUUUUUAUGUCGAAGAAAAAACUGUACUGCCAUAAGAGGGUUCAUAAUAAAAAGUAUGAAUGCUUAAUAGCAGGUUGUAAAAAAAUCUUCGCAACGAAAGGAGAUCUUCAAAAACAUACACGCACUCACACUGGCGAGAGACCGUACGAAUGUGAUAUAUGUGAGAAGAAAUUCAGACAGAAAAUAUUAUUGAGAUAUCAUAAAGGCUCAAUUCAUGGUAUUAAAAUAAAGAAGACCGACGAAGAAAUUGCUGAUAAAAUUUGA